AUGCAGCCUAAUCACUGCGACCUUCUGGGUCAGGUGCGUGAACCCAGAGCCGCAAGUCGGAUGACGCGCGAUGGCCAGCCGCUUCAUAACGGUCAGCCCCAGCUAUCCGGUGCACCCAUGAGAUCAGAGGAUUCCUGGAUCGACGUGUCGUCGCAGCCGUCCUCGUCGUCCAUCUCCUCAGCUGCUACCAGCGAUGAUAUAAUAACCACCGGUUUACGUGUCGAGCAGGGAGAAGCGGGUGCAUACCAACGCCGAAAUCGACGGCGUCGCCUACAACACCUUGCUGCUAUCACUACAGCGCAGGUGGCCUAUGGAUCGCACGACACCAGUCAAGCCAGCAGCAGUCAAGAGGAAUAUGAAGAAAGCGAAAGCGAAUCUGACCGAGUACUCAGCAGCUCGAAUGAAGAAAUGCCUCGCAGAACCUUCCCUACUGCCUUACCGAUGCGCCCUGAACAACCCUCGUCUAGCUCUGAUGCUGCCUCUAGUGAUGAUGAAGACGAUACCUCCACUGCUUUAGGGAUGGGCAUUAGUCCGUCUCCAUUUGUUCCUCAGCCCAAUGUGUUCACGCACCCUCCAGCCACCUCAGAUACUUCAUGGUCUCGCCCUUCCGAUGCUCGCCGUCAAGCCAAUGUAUCUACCUCGAGCCGACAAUCAGCGACUCGAAGAGAGUCAUACCCUAGUUCGCGAUCAACACGAAGCAAUAAAUAUCAACACAGCCCUUACAAUAUGAUCUCACCAUCUCACCAUGCAGACCAUGAUGCCGCCCUUCGCGCUAGUCUGUCCACCCUUCUGUCAUGUGCCGCCGCCGCAAGAGGCUUGCCGAAAAAUGACAAUCAACCCACAACUUCACCGGCUGCUCCUCAACCCACUGUACAGCCCUCUGCCUUCCGCCUUGUUGGUGAAUCAGUAGCUAUGGGAGAAGAGAGUGGCGAUGAGGAACUUCGAUCUUCCCCUCAGUAUCCCCAGACGAGUCCGUCGGUAGGGACUUCGGAUAGAGAUACACGCCCAUCGACAAUCUCAACAACUCCAGCUGUUGCCAAGUCAAAGCAUCGUUCAAGUUCCUCCAAAGACCGCAGUGCCGCGAAGAAAAGUCGCCGGGCGACAAUGGCGGAUUCCACAACACCUGUCAGCCCCACAAUGAUGACUUGGGUCAUCAGUGCUGGAGUGGUAGUUCUGUUCUCCGCUAUCAGCUUCUCUGCCGGGUACAUGCUCGGUCGGGAAGUUGGUCGAACCGAGGUAGGCAUGAUAGGAGAGGGUGUUCCUGGCCCCCGGUCAUCGGCCUCGUGUGGACAGGAAGCAGUCCGAGGUGGACUCCGGAAACUGCGCUGGGGGACUGCCGCUGCAGGAACUGCUAGUCUUGCAUAA